AUGGAUCCACAAUGUACAUCAGUUGCCUGUAUUAAAUGUUCCGAAAGCACAUGGAUUCUGUUGGUGCACACCAAUAGGAAAAUGUUUACUGUCAACAAAAUCUGGCCAUUUCUCACUGGGCUCCAACACUGUCGUUCAAAAGGAAAAAGGAAAGCCCCUUUUCUCCACCCAAAAUGGCCUUCCCAGAUCAGUCAGAACUAUCACCAGGAUUGUGAAGCUGCUGUCAACAAGCAGAUUAAUGUGGAGCUCACUGCCUCCUAUCUCUAUCAGUCUUUGAUGUCCUAUUUUGACCAGGAUGAUGUUGCCCUCCCCCAUGUCUCCCAGUUCUUCAAAGAUCAGUCCCAGGAGAAGCAAGAACAUGCAGAGAAGCUGCUGAAAUUCCAGAAUCAGCGUCGAGGCCGAGUCCUCCUCCAGGAAGUGAAGAAGCCAGAGAGGGAUGAGUGGGGUAACAGCCUGCAGGCAAUGCAGGUUGCCCUGGAUCUGGAGAAGAAUGUGAACCAGAGUUUGCUGGAUCUACACCAAGUCGCCACUGCCCAGACUGACCCUCAUCUGUGUGACUUCCUGGAGACUCACUAUUUGGAUGAGGAGGUGGAGAUCAUCAAGCAACUUGGGGACUACAUCACCAACCUGAAGCGCCUGGGAGCCCCUGAGAAUGGGAUGGGAGAGUACCUGUUUGACAGGCUCGAAAAUGUUUGCUGUCAACAAAAUCUUGCCACUUUUCAAUGGGCUCCAACACCGUCGUUCAAAAGGGAGAUGUCCUUCCAGAAUUUGCACUUGCGCGGGAGGUCAAAAGUCAAUCAGCAGUUCCAUCAUCGACCAGGUGUCAAUUCUGAUCGGUUUCUGGAUCCAAUUCCCAUCCUGCACUGA